AUGCCCCCGCGGAGGUGCCGGGACGCGGACUCGCCCUCGGCGAACUCGCCGUCGGGGCCGCCCUCCCUGGAUCCGGAUCCGGACCCAGACUCGCCCCGCGAGCCGCCCGCGGCAGUGCUGAGCACGUACAGCCCGGCCGCCCUCAAGCUGGGCCGGCGGCAGAUCAUCCCCCGGGCGCUGGCCUCGGAGAGCCGGGGCGGCCCGGGCGCCGAGCCCCGCCGGAGGGCGCUCAAGGUGCGCAGCCUGGCGGAGGCACCCGGGGCCGGAGCCGCGGACGUGGAUGCGGACGUCGCGGAGCGCGAGGCGGACAGCCCGGGGACCCUGCGCCGGGGCCUGCGCUCCACCUCCUACCGCAGGGCCGUGGUCAGUGGCCUGGACUUGGACAACCCCACCAGCUCCAAGAAGAAGAACCGGCUGUCCCAGCCCCUGCUGAAGGCCGUGGCGGAGGACCGGGACAAGUUCUCCAGCCUGGGCCGGGUCAAGAAAAAAAUGCUGAAAGGACAAGGAACGUUUGAUGGAGAAGAAAAUGCAGUCCUGUAUCAAAACUACAAAGAAAAGGCUCUUGACAUUGACUCUGAUGAAGAGUCCGAGCCCAGAGAACAGAAGUCAGAAGGGAAAAUCGUGAUCCACCACAAGCCCCUGAGGUCCACCUGGAGCCAGCUCUCUGUGGUGAAAAGAAAUGGGUUAUCACAGACAGUGAGCCAGGAGGAAAGAAAAAGACAAGAGGCAAUCUUUGAAGUCAUCUCCUCUGAACAUUCUUACCUUCUCAGCCUGGAAAUCUUGAUACGAAUGUUUAAGAAUUCUAAAGAGCUGAGUGACACCAUGACCAAAACUGAGAGGCACCAUCUCUUCUCCAAUAUUUCAGACGUCUGCGAGGCAAGCAGAAAAUUCUUUACAGAGUUGGAAGCAAGACAUCAGAAUAGCAUCAUCAUCGAUGACAUCAGCGACAUUGUGGAGAAGCACACAGCAUCCACGUUUGACCCCUAUGUGAAGUACUGCACUAAUGAAGUCUACCAGCAGCGCACUCUGCAGAGGCUGCUGGCUACCAAUCCCUCCUUCAAGGAAGUGCUGUCUCGGAUCGAGUCCCACGAGGACUGCAGGAACCUACCCAUGAUCUCUUUCCUCAUCCUGCCCAUGCAGCGGGUCACCCGCCUGCCGCUGCUCAUGGAUACUAUCUGCCAAAAAACACCCAAGGACUCUCCCAAGUACGAAGUCUGCAAGAGGGCCUUGAAGGAGGUGAGCAAGCUGGUUCGGCUCUGCAACGAGGGAGCCAGGAAGAUGGAGAGGACAGAGAUGAUGUACACGAUCAACUCCCAGCUGGAGUUCAAGAUCAAGCCCUUCCCCCUGGUCUCCUCCUCGCGGUGGCUGGUGAAGAGAGGCGAGCUGACAGCCUACGUGGAGGAUACAGUGCUCUUCUCCCGGCGCACAUCCAGGCAGCAGGUCUACUUCUUCCUCUUCAACGAUGUGCUCAUCAUCACCAAGAAGAAGAGUGAAGAAAGUUACAACGUCAACGACUACUCCCUGAGAGAGCAGCUGUUGGUAGAACCCUGUGACAGUGAAGAGCUGAACUCUCCAGGGAAGAAUGGCUCCACUGCACUGUACUCCAGACAGAGCUCAGCCAGUCACCUCUUCACACUGACCAUCCUCAGUAACCAUGCCAACGAGAAAGUGGAGAUGCUGCUGGGGGCUGAGACACAGAGCGAGCGCGCGCGCUGGGUGACGGCGCUGGGCAGCGGUGGCGGCGGCGGCGGCAGGAGGCGGCACCUGGACCGAACUGCGCUCACGCAGGUGGAGGUCGUGCGCUCCUUCACCGCCAGGCAGCCCGACGAGCUCUCCCUGCAGGUGGCCGACGUGGUGCUCACUUACCAGCACGUGGGCGACGGCUGGUACGAGGGCGAGCGGCUCCGCGACGGGGAGCGGGGCUGGUUCCCCGCGGAGUGCGCCCGGGAGAUCACAUGCCGGGCCACCAUCGACCGGAACGUGGAGCGGAUGGGACGUCUGCUGGGGCUGGAGACGCACGUGUAG